AAAGAAAACGGAGCCUUAGUAUUGAAGGUAACAAGAAGUAACGUGGCAAUUUUAUAGUGACUCUUUGAUAAUAAAGGACCCCGUGCUUCGUAUACUUCGAUUUAUGCCAACAGAAAAGCCAUAAACCCUUGAAUUCCUUCUCUCUUCUCUCUAAGAAUCCACUGCUUCCGCUUGCAAUUCAAGCUAUGGCAAAUAGACACACUAUAGUUUUGAUGCAGAACUCGCAAAAUAGAUCCACCAGAACUUUCAUGGAUUAUGACUCAAUAAGUCAAGCUAUGGAUGGUAUUUGCACACUAUAUGAAAGGAAGCUCAAGGACCUAAAUCCAGCCAACAGAAACAUCACUUAUGAUAUUGCGGAUCUCUACAAUUUCAUUGAUGGCCUUGCAGACAUGAGCGCAUUAGUUUAUGAUCACUCAAUUCAGGCAUAUCUUCCAAAUGACAGACGAUGGAUCAAACAGCGGCUUCUUCAACAUCUUAAGAAAUUGGCAAACUAGACAAAUGAUAUACAGAUCAAUAUUUAUCUAUUACUAAAGUUUUCCGUGGGUUGAAUCCAAUAGGAAUGCAAUAUUUAUGGAAGUGCUGAUUCAGUGUGGUGUCUUGUGAAGGCAUUGUUCUAUAUCUCAAGCUGUUUGAUAUGAAAAUUGUACCGCUUCGUUUUUUGUCUCACUCACUAUCGUUUGUAUAAUUAUAACAAUUGAAGCUCUGCUCAAGUUAUUGAUGAGGAGCCACUUUUGUUGUUUGACCGGUGUAUUUUCAUGGCAAGUGUUAUCGUUUUUAUGAAAUUAGACCUUGUGAUCUAA